CGUAAUGUACAGAUUUGGGAUCAAUCGUCGCGGCAGAUCCCCCGCAUUUUGUCUCUGUAUUCCGUCAUCCUCAAAAUAUACUUGUAUCGUCCGUCAUAUACUUGUACUCAUCGAACGGGCUUUCCUACAAGCAACAAAUCGAGCAGAAAUCAAACAGCUUUGAAUCAACCCCAUAUCAUGCCUACUGCAGUUGUGACCGGAUGCAACUCGGGCAUCGGGCAUGCCUUUGCCCAGCUUCUCAUCAAGGAGGGAUUCUUCGUAUAUGCCGUCGACAUGACAGCCGGGGAGAAACUAAAGGCUCUGCAUGGCGACAAAUGUCAAAUCGGCCGGCUAGACGUCACAUCGCUCGAAUCAAUCUACGAGUUCAAGUUGUCCCUCGGUGAUAAGAAAAUCGAUCUCUUGCUGAAUGUCGCCGGUGUCAUGCCUCCACCCCAAGCCGACAGUCUCCGCACCGUCAACCAAGAAUCACUCCAGUCAACCUUCGCCGUCAACACCUUCGGACCGCUCCUUCUGACUCAAGCACUCCUCGAUAACGUCCUUGCCGCCCCAUCACCACGGCAUAUCGCAGUCGUAUCCUCGCGCGUCGGUUCCAUCGCGGACAACACCUCCGGCGGAGCGUACGCGUAUCGCUCGUCCAAAUCCGCGGUGAACAGUAUCUUCAAAAGUCUUGCCGUCGAGCUGAAGGACCAGGAUGUGGUGGUCAGCAUGCUGCAUCCGGGAGUCACCAGGACGAAUCUUGGCGGGAUCGUGGUGAAUAGUCCGGAGUCUGUGGGAGCGGACGAAGCCGCCUCAAAAUUGUGGAAGGUAUUGAAGAGUAAGGGGUUGGAGGAUACGGGGAAGUUUUGGCAUAGAGAGGGUCAGGAGCUGCCGUGGUAAAAUCAGGUUCUUCCUGUGCGACAGUAUGAGCAUAGCCUUUCGAACAACAAGGGG